CCCUAUUAAACCAAGGCAAGAGCCUAAAAAUAUACUAGUCUUCCUCUAAUCAAGCCCACUGGGUUCAUCUUCCAUUGAUCUUCUGCAUACAAAGAUAUAUAUGAUGGAAAGAACCAAUUCUAACCAACAAACAAAGAGGUGUGCAGUUGUUACAGGAUCUAAUAAAGGAAUUGGAUUGGAGAUAUGUCGUCAGCUAGCUUCCAAUGGGAUAAUGGUUGUACUAACUGCAAGAGACCAGAAGAGGGGUAUUGAAGCUGUUGAGUCUCUCAAAACAUCUGGAUUCCUUGAUAAUGUGGUUUUUCAUCAACUAGAUGUAAAGGAUCCUGCAAGUAUUACUUCACUGGCAAGCUUUAUUGAAACCCAUUUCGGAAAACUUGAUAUCUUGGUGAACAAUGCAGGUGAAGGUGGAGUGAUGGUAGAUCUUGAGACUCUAAGAACCUUUGUUGAACUUACUGCAAAUGGUGACUUGUUGGAUGGAAAGAUGGAUGAGAAUGACAAGAAGUUGAUGGAAAAACUGAAGCAAACUUAUGAGAAAGCAGAAGAUUGCUUGAAGACGAAUUACUAUGGAACCAAAAUAGUCACAGAAGCACUACUUCCCCUACUUCAGCUGUCCAAUUCAGCAAGAAUAGUAAAUGUCUCUUCUAUACUAGGACAGCUCAAGUUAAUACCCAGCAAGAAGGUUAAAGCAAAAUUGGAUAACAUCGAAGAUCUAACAGAAGAGAGAUUGGAUGAGCUAUUGCAACAGUAUCUCAAGGAUUUAAAGAAGGAUAUGUUGGAGGCUAAUGGCUGGCCAUUAACUUUAUCUGCCUAUAAAGUCUCCAAAUCUGCCAUUAAUGCUUAUACGAGGAUUCUUGCCAGGAAGUUUCCCACCUUUCACAUAAACUGUGUUCAUCCUGGUUAUGUCAAAACAGACCUAACAUAUAACACAGGGGUAUUGACAGCUGAAGAAGGUGCUAGAGCACCUGUAAAGUUGGCUUUGUUAGCUGAUGAUGGCCCUUCUGGGCUCUUCUUUGAUCAGAUGGAAGUUUCUACCUUCUAAUUCAACACUCAAGCGAGUUACAGAUAUCUUCUCAUUCCUGGAGGGCAAACAUGAUUAUUGGAGAAGAAAGAGAAAAUAAAAACAUCU